UCAGUUACCCUGUUGCCUACGCAUGAGCAUUUCCUCAUUUGCAGUAAGUUUAGUAACACAGGAGUGUACAGUGCAUUAGCCUCGGUACUGAAUCACUGCUGGACAUGGAGCACUUUAUCUAUCAUUAAACCAUCACUUAAGGCAAAUAUGGGGGAGAACAUUGAUGUCAAGGCUCUGAGGGCCCGGUUCAACAACGCGGCCAGUAACUCGGACACCAGCAGCCGAGACAGCGGCUCCCCAAAAUCUCCACGACCUGGGUUUGGGAGACUGAUCCUGCCACUGGCGGAGAAAGAUCUGGCGCAUCACAGACUGUCUCCUACCAUUCCUCCUCCUCUGAUGGCUAGCCCAGGCCUGGGGAGGUUCCCGAGGGCAGAACCAAUGACACCCUCCAUCCCCUCCAAACCGGUUUCUUUCCCUCGACCGCCUCCUAAUCCUGGAGUCAGAGCAUCCAUCCAGCCGGCAGAACCCAGCAAAGUGAAGCUGAAGGGGGAGAUGCUACAGAACAUGAUGAUGAGGCACCCGAGACCUCCAGGCAUCAAACCCACUCUGGCUCCAGCAUUAGCUCAGCCCCCUGCACCAGGUCCCACCUCCACCCCUCCACUACUUCGACGGCAGCCCCGACAGAGGAGUGCAGGGGAAGUGACCCCACUCAGGAAGGUUCUACCCCCUGAAGGACCUCUGCCUUUGAAACCCAAACGCCCUCCCAAUGUCAACCUGGAGCCCUUUCUGAGGUCCAAUCGAGGACCUGCCCUUCCUGGUCCAAGAAAGAGUGAGGCAGGUUCCCUGGGCUCAGCAGACAGGAAGAUGCCUUAUCCUACAGUCAUCAGCCCUCCAAAACUGCCACCACAACGAUCCAACAAGCCCAGCAGGCUGCUGCGCCAAAUUGCCUCUGUGGACAUUGAGGAUAACCAGGACUUCUACGAUGACAUCGGAAGCUUCGAAAAGAACGAUUCCUGGAGUGACAACAGUUCACCAUGUAUAGAUCGGCAUGAUGAUGACGUGUAUGAGUUUAUUGAUGAGGACCAGUUGGAGCUAAACCGGUUAAAUGUUGAGAAGCAAAACAAAAAAGACACAAAGAUACAUCUUGUACAGGAGAAGAAAGAUCAGAUGGAGCGUCUCAAAAACGAAAAUGAGUUGAGGAAGAACUUUCAGUUGCAAGGGGAGGUGGAGGUUCUUCAUACAGCCAGAGUGAGGCAUGACUGGCAUGGAGGAGGAAAGCUAGACCUCAGCGUACGCGAAGGAGAGAGCGUGGAGAUCCUUAGAGUGAAGAAUAACCCCGGAGGCAAAUGGUUGGCUCGCUCUCUCAAAGGAAACUGCGGAUACAUCAGUAACACAUGUGUGGAUGUUGACUAUGAGGCGGUAAAGCGCAAAUUGCUAGAGUCCAGAAAAAUAGACACAUCAAUGUUGCCUCCACCACCUCCAGACCCCCCACAGAUGUUGUAUGUGGAGUCCAAUAGCAGUGACAGCAUGCUUCAAGAUGAUGAUGACUAUGAUGACGUUCAACCAAUAACUGAGGGUUUGCCCCCACCACCGCCUGAAAUCAGCAUGAAUCCCAAAGUGGAGAAAGAGCUAAGGAAAAGAUUUAAGUAUGAAGGGCCUCUCAGGGUGCUACACACCAUGAUGGUAGAUCCUAAUAGCAUCAUAAAAAAGCCAGGGGGGAAGGAUCUGCACGUGACUCAAGGAGAAAUCGUGGACGUCAUUCAGCUCACCAACAGCAAGAAAGCUCUGUGUUGCAACCAGUAUGGAAAAUAUGGCUAUGUGUCCAGAUCGCUCCUUCUUCAAAUGGAAGGAGACAUUUACGACGAUGUUGACUAUGCAGGCAGUGCCGACGUCUACGACAACGACUCUCCACACACUGAUUAUUGAAACAAACUAAACACAGACUCAGACAGUAAGAGAGAGAGAUACAGACAGACAAAAGAAACAAACUAU